AUGGCUAUACCUUCCGCCUCGGCCGCCUCCACUGCGGCCCAAAACAUCUGGGACUUGUUCUUGGGCGGCGGACAGGGCAAUUCUGCCGUCCAAGCUGCGCGUCCCUUCGGCUCCGUCGUCUUGGACGGCAUCGACCUCGACAAUGAGACUCCCGCUGACGCGACUUAUCAGCCUGCACUUGCUACAGCGUUGCGAAGUCUUAUGGACGCAAGUGCGAACGCCGGCGGUAAGCAGUACUUGCUCAGCGCAGCGCCACAGUGUCCACGUCCAGAUCAGAGCCUGCCGAUCGCGCAGAUGUUGGGGGUGUUGGAUUAUGUCUGGGUGCAAUUCUUCAAUAACCCCAGUUGCAAUGUCAACGCUGGCUCGGGUUUUCUCGCCAGCUUACAAGCUUGGUCCAAUGACCUCGCGGCUGGUGCACCAUCCGCUGCGUCGACGAUAACGACCGGUGGAGUGGUCAACGGCAUCAUCGGCGAACCAGUGAUGCAGACUGGCACACCACCACGCCCUAACAAAAGGCAGGAUGGGCAGGAUAUCGAAAGCCGAGCCCAAAUGCUGACUCCCGCCCGCGCACCGCCCAAACUUGUUAUCGGAGUGCUCGCCACAACAGUCGGGACGGGCAAUGUCGAUCCCCCGACCCUGUCCGGGAUCCUGACACAGGUGAAAGGCUUGGGCGGACUCAGCAAUUUGGCUGGGGUUAUGUACUGGGAUGGCAGUUACGAGGAACUGAGUGGUCAAGGGGGCGCGAAGAGUUAUGCGCAGGUUGUGCGGGAAGUUUUGGCUUGA